AUGCCCGUGAGGGCUGGUCUUCCCGAAGAAGACAGAAGACAGAGGCUAACGUUUCUGCACGCAGAAGGGCUGCUGGAUAACGUCGACCUAGAUGUCCUACGUGGUGCUCUUCAACGGAGAGAGCAAAGGGCUGUGACGACAACGAUGGAAUCUCAAUCUUCACCAUCCAACAAGGAAGUUCGGGACCAUCCAAAUUACCAGGAUCAGCAAGAACAGGAUAUCUCGCUAUCACUACCAUCACUACCACCAUCGAUUGUACCAGACACCCCAAACCCGCGGAAUGCCUUGGACCCAAGCGAAGGUCAUAUUCCUGAUCACUUGGAUGUUGGAGGACCACACGAUAGCCCGUCGCACGACUCUCAUAAUUGGCUUGGGAACAUGACCUUUAGUCCCUUCACUGACAGUUAUGGGAUGUUCAGUUUCCUGAACCCGAGCGAGCACUAUGGCGACGCAUGGUCAGGCUCCGCACACAGUCUGUCGGAAGAUCUGAACCUCGCAGACAGGAAUUCCUGUACACUCGCAUUCCCACCAACAUUAGUAGAUGAAUUAAUCGACCUGUUCUUCUUACGAGUUCAAACCUCUAUCCCCAUCUUUCACGAACCGAGAUUCCGCCAAAAGUUCCGUGUCGGCAGCAACGACAACGACAGAUACGCGAGGCUGUCUAUCGAAGAUGCUUUGAUCGUGGCAGCCAUGAUGGCCUUGUCCGCGAGGUUCUCGACCAACGACUUCUUCUCGUCCACACCGUCCAAGGACAAGGGUAAAAUGUUCGCCCGCAAAGCCAACGCUCUGUACGCGGAGGCUCUCCAGAGUGACGAACAGGGCAGCGAGGAGGGGAACGACAUCUCUCUCGGAUUCCUCCAGGGAUGUAUCCUCCUGGCGUUCUACGAGCAGUCGAACCGAAUCACGACCCAGAGCUGGCUCCUGAUAGGCACCUGUUGUCGACUUGCGAUCGACCUGGGCUUGAACGAAGUGGACAAGGACGCUCUCAUCACCACCGAAAUCGCCACGUUCACCACACCACCCAACACCGACGCCGGGCACGAGUUCUCGGCAGCGAAAGACUCUUGGGUCCAAGAGGAGGAGAAGAGACGGGCGUGGUGGCUGGUGUGGGAACUGGACGUGUUCGCGGCCACCAUCCUGCGUCGACCGCACGCGAUCAACAAGGACCAAAUGCACGUCUUGCUCCCAGUGUCGGACGCAGCAUGGUUCUCAGAGACACCCACGGAGUCGAUCCUGCUUCAGACGGGUUUCCUCCACGAGUGGCAGACGUUGGAAAACUGUGCUGACGCGGACGAACGGGCGUGGUUCCUGGUCACGACCCUCCUGAUGGCCAGGGCCGCGGAUCUCGCCUCUCCCGAGAACGGCUUCACACUGCAGGACAUUGUCAACUUCGGGUCGACCUUGAACUGCUUCUCCCUGCUCCUCCCCCAGGGCUUCCAACUCGACUUUGUGCGCACACCGUUCAAUGAGGGCAGCUUUGCUGGCAAUAACUGGGCGCUGCUCACGAUAUUCAUGCUCCACACUGCCCGCGUCCUCGUCCGAAAUGCACAGUACAUCAAGUCCCAAACCGAGCUACAUGACCCGGCCGCGGUGACGGCGCUCCCUUCCGGCCCGCACAAUGAUACGUAUCUCGUGUUCCGGGCCAUGGAAGCCUGGCCGCCCGAAUACCUCAUCUACGCGUGUCCGUUUGUGUCGUGCACCAUCAUCGGACCGGCCUUUGACAACAUCCGGGCCGCGCUGCUGUUCGAGCCGGGGAACCACGGCAACUAUCUGUCCAUGUUGAAGCUGAUUCUCAAGAGGAUCGGGGCGUUUUGGGGCAUUGGCGAGAGUGCCUUGAGACUCGUUGAAAUCUUCGAACACGAAGUCAAGGUCAACGGCUCGUUUCGCAAACAGGCCUUUCACCGCUACGCAAAGGACUUUUCGUUGCUGGUGGUGGAUCCGGCGAGGAAUGCGUGA